AUGAUGGCUCAGCUAAUGGGAACGAAACAUCCCAACAUUGAUUUCAACAUUCUAUUUUAUCCUCAAUACACAAAUGAACAUGGCCAAGUGAUCUGUCAUCCAGGCUCAGUAUUCGAAGGCAUUGUACAGAUUAAGGUAUCAGCCCCUAUGCCAAUCCAUCACAUCAAGCUCGUCUUUAAAGCAUCAGAGCGAGUCAAUUACGAUGCUAUGGGCUGGGAAAAAUCCAAAUCCACAGAUGAUCGUUUAUUUGCAGUACGCACAGUCUUGUGGGGCUUACCUUCUGCUGUGAAUAUACCACAAGAUGCAUGGCCGAUAUUAGAAGCAGGCGAUUAUACCUUCCCAUUUGUAUGUCAAAUGCCGGUUAUAAACUACCCACCUACUUUCCACCAUCAUCUGAUAGCAACUGCCUUCAACAUGGUCGUCUCUGUGAGGAAAGCAGGAGAAUCUGCGCCCAUUUUAUCCAAAAUGGUGCCUAUUUGUUUCCAACCGAUCAUCGAAACCAUCCCUAUCAAGAAUUUGCAUGCCUUUACAGAAUCACAUCGGCUAACCAACCAUAUCACAGCACAAGUUUCAGUACCUCGCCUUGCAUACAAUAUCAAUGAUAAGCACCAAUCUGUGCCUGUUACAGUUCAGUUCCAUUCUGACAACCUCUCUGAUGAACAUUUUCCCAUAUCUCAGCUCCGUGUGUAUAUCAAGCGUUACUAUAGUAUCAAUUACAAGACGUUUUCCAGAAAUGAGGCCACCAUGAUUGCACAUUACGAUCAUCCGAAACUACCAUCUGCAUGUCCAUGCACUGUGUCCAUGAAGCUCAACCUGCCAAGCCCAGAGGAUUUGCCCGCCACGCUUACUUAUUCGCCACAUCUUACAAUCGAAUACAAGCUGGUGGUGUCUGUUAAGAUUCGUCAUGGCCCUAUCCAUGUCAAGAAGAAGCUGUUUGAUAUGCCCAUUAUCUUUGGUACCCUGCCUGCUGGUACUAGGGCCCCUAGACAGUUGGAAUCAUACUCGGCGAUUGUAGAAAACAGGGCAAGUUUGAACUGCAAACCACAUUUCCUGAGACCUCAACCCAGGAACCAGAACGACGAGGAGUUCUUGCCUGCAUACGAUGGCGAUGGUAUUCCGCCUGCCUAUCUUAGCAACAUUACAUUGGAUACCAAUGCCAGCAGCCGUGCUACUUCUAUUAGCCGAAUAAGCACAGCAAACUCUACUCCUGCUAAUAGUUUAAGAAUUGGCAUUACUGGAUAA